UUGAACUUCCCCCUUUCCUCUUUCUUCUCUCUCAAUUACUCCAUUGCUGAUUAUUGGGAGGCCUAACUCAAUCUAAAAGCUAGCUCAAGAGUUAAGGUUUGCACAACCAUAUAUAAGCAAUUGUUUGGCCACAUCUCUAGCCAAUGUGAGACUCUAACACUGAUAAUACAUCUCCACAAUGAGCUUCUACAAUAUUGAAGACUCUAUCUGAGGUUUCACAAUAGGCCAAGGUAUAUAUGAAGCAGCUCUACUCAUAGCAGUUCUGAGAUGGGUUAUGUGCUUGGCUUUCAGAGUUAUGAAAUCUAGGACACAAUCUCUUCACACCCCACCUGAACCUUCUUCUUCUUCUUCAUCAUGGGAAUCUUCCAGUUUCAACCCUCUACCUUUGACCACUUUUGGUGAGAUCAUGGAGAGGCUGCCAGAAACUAAGGACACGUGUGCUGUGUGCUUGAACCAGCUGAAAAUUGAAGAUGAAGUUAGGGAGCUCAUGAAUUGUUACCAUAUUUUCCACAAGGAAUGCAUAGAUAGAUGGGUGGAGCAUGACCAUGAGAGUGAAAACCACAACCCUACUUGCCCUCUAUGCAGAGCCCCUUUACUGAGUUCUUGUUGUCUUUCAUCAGAGAGCUCAAGCUGUGUGUCUCCUCCUCAGCCUAGCUGGGCUGUGGAGAGACUUCUCUAUCUCUUUGGGGAUGAUCUGCUUCCAUGUUAGCUAGUCGCGUGUUUGGAAAACCUUCUACUACAAUUGAUUUUGAAGCCGAAAUCAAUUCCGCAGAGAAGCUUCUGUGAGCAGCUUCGGGCGUGUGUCAGAGUCGAUUAUGAGGAAAGGGAAGCGAAUCUAAACAUGCUGAUGAUUUGUUUAUGAAAUUAUAAACUAUGCAAAGAUAGAUUAGGGAAUUCAUUAUUUGUUGAGUUUUCACUGUGAUCAUCGUCACAAAUAUUAUCUGAGUUGAAAUCCUCUUGCCUUGUUGGGUGCUGCAGCAAGAUAAUAAGUUAGAUACCACCACACAAAUUAGCUAGCUAUGAGUUUGUGUGUUUGUACAUAUAAGUUUCACAUUUAACUUAUAUUGCUUCUAAUAUAUUCCAUAAUUGAAUUUAUGGUUA